GAAGGUAAGAAAACAACACUUUUUCGUGUAAUUUAAAACAAUAGAUAUGAGUUAUUAAAAGAUGACGUUCACUUUUCUAGAAGCGAUCAAGAUCUUGCUUUCUUGGAGUCAAUGGGGGUUCAUCAGCAAAGGCCCACAGAUUUCAGAGGAAGAAGGCCGGAUAAUCCACCAUCCACAAGCAAUGUUUUGAGGCAGCAAACAUCACAAAUUCAGGGAGGAUCCGGGAAGAAUCAGGACACUACACCAUCCACGAGCAAUUCUUCAAGGCCACAACCAACAAAUGGUGGGAGGAAUCAGGAAAGUCCACUAUCCAGAAAUGAUGAUUCUAGGCUGCCACAACGUCAGUCUCAGAGAGGCAGAAAAAGGACAAUUGAAGAUCAACCCCUCUCAGACGAUGAAAAUGAAUACCUGUCUGCCUCAAUUGCUGCUUUUGCCUCAAAUCGUGCAAAGCUUAAAGAACUAAACAUAGUUCCAGUCCCAAUCCCAAAACUACGAACAAAAAAAACAACUAAAAAGUCACCAGCAGUUUCAGGCAAGGAGAAUAGGAGAGAAACAUUACCUCGGGCAGUCAAAUCAAGGAAGUCUGAUGCACCUCCAGAUUAUGAAUUGGAACCUUUGGAAUCCGAAUCUAACAAACCACCAGGAGAAGAGCCCGAGGUCUUGGGCGAGGAGCAAGCUGAACAGCCCCUUGAUUUGGAUAAGCAGCAUCAAGAGCAUCAAAAGGUUUCCACAACCAAGAGGCGAAAACCACAGAUUACAAGAAGACGGAUUGGACAAAAAAUAACUCCAUUUGUCCCUCUUCCUCCAUUCCCGAAAAGCCUGCAACAAAGCAUCAACAAGGGAUUAGUCUAUGUUCAUCAAAGACACACUCAAAAGAUAAAUGACUUUCUGAAGGCCCACAUUUUAAACAUCACCAAAGGGCUCUACAUUACUAAACGUGAAUACCAAGUUCUGAGGACACAAGUAGUUAAUCGUUUGAAAUCAAUGAAUGCUCCUCACAUUCCUUUGUAUAAGGCGCAGCUUGUUCGCAAACUUAGUGCCAGCAUUCGCAAUGAAAGAAAUUACUGGGAAAAUAAAGUUCCAAAGAAACUAGCACUGGCUGCUGAGAAAGGAGCAACAACAGCUGAAACAACAGAAUCAAGCACAGAUGACAUUCGAACACUAAGUGCAGAAGAAGCAGACGAAAUUUUGAGGAAGCCCGUAAUUAACAAGCUGACAGUUAAGAUGGCGCUAGAUAUUUGCUCUGAAGCAAGAGCAAACUUUGCCCGCAGCCACUCUGCUUGGGAUAUGAUUGAAAUGUACCCCUUCCUCAAGGAUACUGAUCUGCUCUUGUAUGAUUACUCAACUAGAGUGCCAUUGUUGCUAACAUUGAUUGAGCAAAAUUUUAAUGAGAGUAUAUGGCCACUCAGCAUUAUCUUCAAAGAAGAUGAGCCCACAGACGAGCUACAAAAAAUUAAACUUGUCAUUGGUAUUAAUGACUAUUUUACUGAUGAAAAGGAUGAUCACUUUCCUUGCAUACAACUAUGGGAUGCACAAAACAAUUCUGCCACUCCACUGAACAACAUCCCACAGACUCAGGCACCAGCAGUUGUUGUGGCUGUGAAUGACAAAGAGAUUAUGAGUGCAUCAGUGGUGUUUGAUGGCGGCUGCCUUUAUUCUCAUAAAAGGCCCACAGCAUUUCAGAGCGUUGCUCUUCUCCUCGCAGGUUACUUAGUCUUUCAAGUUGCUUACCCUGAGCUUUACAAGAAGCAGUUGUAUACAUUGCAAUACAUUCUUCAUGGACAAACAAGGUGCAUUGAUGCAAGUGUCAGAAGCUUCUUCAGAACUUACAAGCUGGCUAAGAAGGCAAAUAAAAACAAAGAGUAAAAUUGAGGAUUAGUAAUUCUACAUACCUUCAGACAGAAGCAAUGUCAGCUUCAUUUAAACAUCAAGUGUAAAGUGAUGAAACCAAUUAAUCAUUGUUAUUGUUAAAUCAAACAGUUUCUGCAGGCAGC